AUGAGUUGCGUACUAAAAAGAAUUACAGUGAGUGAAGAAAACAUGUGCUGUUACACAGGUGGAGAGGAAAUAUUAGAAAAAAAAAAAAAAAAGAAUGCAACAGAUUUGUUAAUAGAGUCGAAAAAAGAGAAAACUAAAAAAAUAGAACAAAAAAAACAACUACCACUAAGAGAAAAAUUACCAACUUGCUUUUCUCAAAAUUCAUCUAAUAGUUUGAAAAAUUCUAAUUUUGAUAAAAAAAAAUUUUGUGAAAGUGGAACAAAAUAUUUAAUAAAAUAUAAAAUAUAUAAUUUGAUAAAAAAUCAAUUUUAUCAAGUUGAUGUACAUCAUGCAUCUGUUUCUCCUAAUUUGGAUAAAAAAAAAUUAACUUCCACAAAAAAUAUCAUUAAAGAAAAAAACAAACAAAAAAAAAAAAAAUUACCAAAAAUACCUGAAAAAAAAAAAAAAGAUUUUCUAAUAAAUAUUGCUACCAAUUUUAGAAAAAAUAAACCAAAAAAAAGUUCCGAAAAUUCUAAUAAAAAAAAAAAAAAAAAAAAUUACACCAAUCAGCAAGCCAAAAAAGAUAAAAGUAAUAAUAAUAAAAAUAAUAUUAUUAAUAACAAUAAUAUUAAUAAUAAUAGUAAUAAUAAUAAUAAUUGCUAUUAUUAUAAUAAUAAAAAUAGUAAUAAUAAUUGGAAGAAUAAGAAUAAAAAUAACAAAAGAAAUAGAAAAGAAAAAAAGAAUAUUUAUAAAAAAAUUCACAUAGAGAAAAAUAAUCUAACUAUUCCAAAAACAAAUAGAUAUUGUAAUUAUAAAUAUGAAGAAUAUUAUGAUAUAUCUGAUGAAAAAAUGGAAGAAACAAACUAUGAUGAAACAUAUUGUUAUGAUGAAGAAUUAAAAAAUGAUAGUAAAACAACCAUAUAUGAUGAAAGUGUUUUAAAAAAAAAAAUAUAUAAUUGUGAUGUGAAUCAUAUCUUCGAUAAUUUUUGUAAUUAUUUUAAUUGUGUAGAUAAAAAAGAAAGUAUGAACGAUGACACAGCUAAUUCAGAAAUAACUUUAAAUUCUAAUAAUAUUAAAACACAAGACAUUAUAAUAGAUAAUAAUCAAAAAUCCUUUUUAUAUGAAAAAAAUAGACAACAAAAUAUUAAUGUAUAUAAACAAACUUCUGAUAAAAAAUCGAAAUGGUUAUGUUCCACUGCAGAUGAUAGUCAUAAUGAAUAUUUAACAGAAUAUGAAAGAAAAAUUGAUAGUUAUGAUAAUAUUAAUAACAAUGAUAAUAAGGAUUAUUCUAAUAUUCAUAAAAAUGUAUCUAUAGCAAAUAAUAACAAUAUAACAUUAAAUUAUGAUACAAAUGAUUUUUCGUCAUAUACAACACAACCAAUUCAAUUAUUCAAUGAUCAAGAAAACAAUACAUAUGACAUAGGAGCAAAUAUUGUAAAGAAAGGAAAAAGUUUAUAUGAAGAAACAAGAAAAAUAAGUAAUGCCCUUUUUCAAAUGUACUCAACAAAUAUAAAUAAUAAUAAUAUAAAUAAUAAUAAUAUUAAUAAUAAUAAUAAAGGUGAUAACAAUAACCAUAAAUUAGAUGACAAUAAUGAUAAUAAUAAUAAUAAUAAUAAUAAUAAUGAAAAUGUUGAUAAAUUAUGUAGUAAAAAUAAAAUAGAAGCUCCUACACAAUCACUACUUACAACAUAUAACAACCAAUCUCUUAAUUGUCAAGUUAUUAUUGAUAAAAAUAUCGUAUUCAUUCAAAUUAAGAAUUUCUCUCAAAAAAUUGAUGAAUAUAUUUCUGAUGAAAAAAUAUUCAGAGCACAGAAAUUAAUUGAUCAUGUUAAAAAAUAUAUCGAAUUUUAUAUAAACUAUUAUAAAAAAUAUAAUGAUAAAGAAGUUGUCGAGAAAUUAGAAAUGUACCAUGAAAUGCAUUGUAUGCAUAAAAAUAUCAAAUACAAUAUUAAUAAUUUAAAAGUUAAUAUUAUUAUGUAUUUUUUAAAUUUUUUUCAUUUAAAUGAUAUGUAUAGUAUAUUAAAUGAUUAUUCAUAUUACUUCUCAGUUGAUAUGGUGAACAGUUAUACAUCAGAGAGCAAUACCAAUUCAAAUGAAAAUACAAAUUCUAUAAAUCAUUCUGAUAUUAAUAAUAUAAAAGCUAAAAAUUCUAUAUAUUCUUAUGCUCCUUCCGAAUUAGGUGGAUUAUAUAAUUCGUCUAUUAAAUGUUAUAGUAUUGACGAAAGUAUGAAUUCUUCAAAAAUGUAUUUAACACCAAACGUAAGUAAUCAAAAUAAUAAUAAUAUUAAUGUAUCAAAUAAUGAAGCUGAAAAUGUCGAAAAUUUAUAUAAAAAUGAUAAUCUAAAUAAUAACAAUAAUAAUAAUAAUGAUAAUAUCAAUAUGGAUAGUGGUAUAAAUAAUAACAGCAAAUGCAAUACAGACGAUUCAGAUUUUAAAUAUGAAGAUAUAUCCAGUGUGAUAGUAGAUAAAAUUUAUCAUCAACAAUAUAAUAAUUCUAAUAUGCUUAAUGGAACUAAAACUUUAAUAAAUCAAAAAAGUAUUUAUCCAGAUAAUGGAACAAAUAGAAAAAAUAGUAAUCGUCAUAUGGUUAAAAUUAUACAGAAAUAUUCUAGAAGAUUUAAAAAAUUCAGAAAAAGUAAACAAAAUAGUGAAGGUUGGAUAAAAGAAAAUGAUAAAUAUCUAGAUUUAUCACAUAGGGUAGAUAAAGAUAAUAAUAUAUCUGUACAUAUAAGAGCAAAACUACCUUAUGAAGUUAAUAGAAUCUUAUCUAUAUUAAAUGAAACAGAAUUAAGUGUUAACUGGGCUCCAUUCUUAACAUCAGCAAAAAAAAUUAAAAACUUAUCAAGAGCAAGUGCGAUCAUAACUCAGUUGUACGAAUAUCCAAUAAUAGGAAAAAAAGAAUCACUCAUGUAUUGUUUAGGAGCGAAUUCAUUGGAAGAACUCGGAUGUAUAAUUUUGUGCUGUAAAGCCCCACCAGAAUUUAAUAAGGAUAUUUUAUUUUAUGAAAACAUGUGCGAAAAAAUAAAUAUAAACAAAUUUGGAGAAAUAAUAAAAGUCAAAGAAAUUCCAAUAAAAUUUAAAAAGACAUACAAAGAAGUAACAUUUUUUGAUUAUACAUUACCUGAACCAGUACCGAAAUUAGACAGACAAAGAGCAGCUAAUUUAUGUUUCUUGUUACAUCCAAUGAAUAAUGGAAAAUCAACAGUACUUGAAUUAUUUUUACAUUUUGAAAAUGAAUUUAAAUAUACACCUAUUAAAAUGGUUACAUUCUUCAUAAAGAAAAUUGUAAAAAAUAUGUAUGAAAAUAUUAUAAAAUCCUGUAGAAAUUAUGAUCUUUUAUAUUCAGAAUUCUUAAUGAAUAAUGCAGAAUUCUACAUUUGGCUAGAUGACCAAAUUAAAAGAUAUAUGAAAGGAAAAAAUGAUUCUAAACUUUUGGAUUCCAUAAGUCUCGAAAGUUAUGAUGAACCAGAACAUAAUGAGGAAUUGGAUAGUAAGACCUAG